AAACAAUUCUCAGAGUAACAGUUGUUAGCAGCAAAGUGGCUGUGUUUCAACGGAGCUGAAAUAUAGAGCAGAAUAACGCGCGCUUUAUUUCGGGAUCUCAGUCUCAUCUUUUUCUGCCUAAUCUUUUUACGGAAUAGAGGCGCAACGCUUUUCGAACGUGCACACUGCUUCAUUCUUUUAAAGUGUUGUGAAUAAGUUCUAUAUUUUAAAGUGACAAAAGGAAGAAAAAUAUUUUUGGAACUUUUGUUUGGAAUGAGCUGACACUGCCGCUUAACCUGUCAGUAAGUCCACCUUACUACCAAGCCCGAAAAUGACCAACCGGAAAGAAUCGGAAACUCACGAUUGUCUGAAGAACACAUUUCAUCUUAAUCGACAUGAAGAAAUAGAACUUCCCCCACUAACAAGUGUUGUGAACUCUAUAAAUCAAAUUCAGUACAUUAAAAGCAGAGACUUACCCGAAAGAGGAACGUGGGGUAGUAAAUUAGAUUUUAUUUUAUCUGUAGUGGGCUUAGCCAUAGGGUUAGGAAAUGUCUGGCGAUUUCCUUACUUAUGUUAUAAAAAUGGCGGCGGUGCCUUUUUGGUGCCAUAUUUUAUUACUCUAAUCUUGGCGGGGAUUCCCAUGUUCUUUAUGGAAUUGGCUUUAGGACAAAUGAUGACCAUCGGGGGUCUUGGUGUUUUCAAAAUUGCUCCCAUAUUUAAAGGCAUUGGAUAUGCGGCCGCGGUUAUGUCUUGCUGGAUGAACAUCUAUUACAUCGUAAUUUUGGCAUGGGCUAUCUUUUAUUUUUUCAUGUCUCUUCGAUCAGAUGUUCCCUGGAGAACUUGUAAUAACUACUGGAAUACUAAAUUCUGCGUCAAUCCCUACGACAGGGGAGGUUUAACCUGCUGGGACCAGUAUAAUUCAUUUAACAGUACUUUAACAAAAGUUUGUGCUAUUAACAAAUACAAUGUGACGGUAAGCGAACUGACGGACCCUGUGAAGGAGUUUUGGGAGCGAAGAGCGCUUCAAAUUACUGAUGGAAUUGACCAUAUCGGUUCUAUCAGAUGGGAAUUAGCUGGAACUUUACUUUUGGUCUGGAUUAUAUGUUAUUUUUGUAUCUGGAAGGGAGUGAAGUGGACUGGUAAAGUGGUGUACUUCACUGCACUGUUUCCCUACGUUCUUCUUACCAUUUUACUUAUAAGAGGAGUUACUCUACCAGGUGCUAUGGAAGGGAUUAAGUUUUACGUUAUGCCAAACAUUAACAAACUCCAAGAAUCUCAAGUAUGGAUUGAUGCUGUUACUCAGAUUUUCUUUUCUUAUGGACUUGGCCUUGGAACAUUAGUAGCUCUAGGAAGCUACAAUAAAUUUACCAAUAAUGUUUACAAGGAUGCUCUAAUUGUAUGUGCUGUUAAUUCCAGUACAAGCAUGUUUGCUGGCUUUGUGAUUUUCUCCGUAGUUGGUUUUAUGGCACAUGAACAACAAAAACCAGUAGCUGAAGUAGCUGCAUCAGGGCCUGGGCUAGCUUUUCUGGCAUAUCCUUCAGCAGUAUUACAACUUCCAGGAUCGCCUCUCUGGGCAUGCCUAUUUUUCCUCAUGAUUUUGCUCAUAGGCCUCGAUUCGCAGUUUUGCACCAUGGAAGGAUUUGUUACUGCUAUCGUUGACGAAUGGCCCAAACAACUAAGGAAGAGAAAGGAAUUAUUCAUUGCUCUUGUAUGCUUUAUAUCUUAUUUGGUUGGAUUAUCAUGUAUCUCACAGGGUGGAAUGUACGUUUUCCAGAUUCUAGAUUCAUACGCCGUCAGUGGUUUCAGCUUAUUAUUUUUAAUAUUUUUCGAAUGCAUUGCUAUUUCUUGGGCAUUUGGCGUGAACAGAUUCUAUGAUGGCAUAAAAGAAAUGAUUGGCUAUUACCCAAUGUCUUGGUGGAAAUUUUGCUGGACAAUUUCGACUCCAGUAAUUUGUUUGGGUGUAUUUAUUUUUAAUCUAAUUCAAUGGACCCCUGUGAAAUAUCUCAAUUACGAAUUUCCUCUGUGGGCGCACUUGUUCGGAUGGUUUACUGCUCUCACUUCCAUGCUGUGUAUUCCUGGUUACAUGGUUUAUGCAUGGGUAACAACUCCUGGGGAUAGACCAACGAAAUGGCGAUUAUUGAUCAGGAUAGACGAUGAUGUGAAAACAAUAAGAAAUAAAAUGCAAACGCAAUCCCUUGGAUCCCCAAUUUAGCUUCUUGAAACACUUUAUGACCGAUUGUGAUUUUUACGCAGAAUUCCACUAAUAUAUUAUUUUAAGUACUGCUUUUUUAUUAAGUAUUAUGCAUACAAAGAGGCAGCUCACACACAUUUUAAUACAUAAAUAGGAAUAGAAUUUAUAGAUUAAUCAAUUUGUUAGCUCUAGUCUUCUUAUGUCCUCGGAGCGUAGUUACCAUCAUCAAUAAAUAGGUUAUAAUAAGUUAACUAGAGCUAAAUGAUUCGUAUUUUAUUGGACAAUAAAAGGUUUGUAGCUUAUAACUUUAAAAUAAUAAUGUAUAGUGUAAAAAAUUAGGUUUUCUUAAGCUAUUUUUAAUUUAUGGUAAAAUUCGAUAUCGAUACCUAGUUAAGAUUUUUUUUAGUUUAAAUUUAAGUUUAAUAGUACCUCUAGUUUGUAUCUAUGCAUAGACUUUUUAAAUGUGUUUAUGUAGAUUUUCUACCCGAAUUUUAGCUUGUCAUCAUUAUCAUUAAUUUUUUGGAUAUUGUUAAAUAUUUUUCGUUUGAUUGAGUAGUGUGAACAAUGUGCCGACAUAUUCUGAUAAUUUAUCAUCUAAUUGAAUAAAUACUCAAACUUGUACAUUUUUUCAAUAUAUACCAAUUUUCC